CUAUUAUUAUAGUCAGAAAAAUCAUUAAGAAAAUUAACAAAGUUCAUUUUGGCCUGCAUGUUUCUUCAAUCUAAGGGAUGCAAUUCAAUGGCAAGAUCCUUGUAACGUAAUGCAUACCCAUUUUCCAAUGCAGGGGGAGUGCCUUUUGGCCCUUUUCCAUGAAUUAGCAAAUGAUUCCAAUUGUUUAACUUUAAAACAAGAGAUAUAGAAGAAAAGAGUGGAAAAAGGUGGCCAAUCUCGCCAUUAGCACAGGCUUUACAGCUUAGCAAACCGUUUUUGCACAAGCGGUUGUUUAAAGCGAAAAAACCUUUUCUUGGUGGCAGAAAAUGAGGAGACCUCUCCCAUCUCCUACACACAGUUGUGCAAGAAACCAACAGAUUCAAUCUCCCAAAUUCAAAACAGAUGCGAACUUCCUCUUAUCUCCUCUUCUCCUUCUUCUUCUUCUUCCUUCUUUUCAUCUCCUCCUCCUCUGCAGAUGGAACUGAACUCAUUAUAGUAAAUAACUGCAAGGAAAGCGUAUGGCCUGGAAUACUUGGCACUGCAGGCCAUGAAACUCCUAGAGAAGGUGGUUUCCAACUCUCAAGUGGCGAACAAACAGUCCUCCAAGUCCCUGAGCAAUGGUCAGGCAGAAUCUGGCCAAGACAAGGCUGCUGUUUCGAUGAGAACACUGGCAAAGGUUCUUGCCAGACUGGAGACUGUGCAGGCCUUUUACAAUGUGGAGGCAUUGGUGGUGUUCCUCCAGCAUCUAUAGUGGAAAUGACACUUGGGACUUCAAAUUCUGACUUGCAUUACUAUGAUGUGAGUUUGGUUGAUGGGUUUAAUAUCCCAGUUUCCAUGGUGCCUAUAGGCGGUGGUGAAGGGUGUGGAGUCGCUUCCUGCGAGGCUGAUUUGAAUGUCUGUUGCCCUGAAGCAUUGGUUGUGAAGAGACAAGGGAAGGUGGUGGGUUGCAAAAGUGCAUGUUUGGCUGCCAAGACUGAUAGGUAUUGCUGUACUGGGGACUAUGCAGAUCCUAAAAGUUGCAAGCCUACUAUUUUUGCUCAUCUUUUUAAGGCCAUUUGCCCUGGGGCUUACAGUUUUGCCUAUGAUGAUGCUUCAGGGCUUAAGACUUGCAAGGCUCCUCGCUAUGUCAUUACCUUCUGCCCUCCUAAUGACAAUUGAUGGCGAUUUAAGCACAUUAUGAGUGUAGUAGGAAAGAAGCAUUAACAAUGUACCUUUGGUCCCUCAUUAUUUCUGCUAUUAAUUUCUACUGGUUGGUAAUCUGAA